AUGGCAUACAAAGGCGCAUAUAAUCCUGAUGCACUUCCGGCGCAUGCGGAGCCAGAGCAGGCAGCACAAAUUUUAAGCGCAAGAGCCGCUCUACAGGAUCCAAGCCGAGAGCACGCCCCGCUCCCGCCCCCAAAAAAUGGCCCGCAACCUCAUCAGCGCCGCGUCUCCCCUUCACCGAAUCCAGAACACCAUUCACAAAUACCAGCACAACAUAGCUACGCACGUGCAGGUAGUGGUGGGGGCCCCGGAGUCGUCCCCCCUGGAGCAGUACAAGCUGUUGCAGGGCCUCAUCGAAGAGGUGCCCCUGUUCCCAACAUGACUGGUCGGCUCCACUCCCCACCUCCUCAAAACUAUGGCUUCGGGCCUCCUCCCGCUCACCCAGCUCAGAAACGUCCUCCCCCAACCUACGGCCCGCCACGAAGUCCCCAAACUUUGGGGCCUGGCAUACCCCAAUCUGACGACCCAAACGAACUAUUCCCCCUCUUCCGUGCCGCCAAUGCAUCCAACUCAGGCGCCCUGUCAGAAAUAGAACUGGGAUCCGCCUUAGUAAAUGCAGACUAUACCUCUUUCGACGCGUACACGGUAAAGAUGAUGGUCCGCAUGUUUGACAAGGACGGGUCUGGUAGCGUUGGGUUCGACGAGUUCGUUGCCUUGUGGCGCUUCCUGGCAGCCUGGAGGGAACUAUUUGAGCGCUUCGAUGAGGACCAUAGCGGCCGGAUUAGCUUGCAGGAGUUUAGCAAAGCUCUGAUUGCGUUUGGAUAUACGCUUAGCCCACCGUUUGUAGGGAUGAUAUUUUCGACUUUUGAGAGUCGAGGGAGAGUUAAAGGGAAACCCAUGCCCGGGCAGAAAGACGGGAUGAGUUUUGAUGUGUUUGUGCAAGCCUGCAUUACCCUCAAGCGCAUGACGGAUGUGUUUAAACGGUAUGACGAUGAUAGGGAUGGGUAUAUUACGCUGGGUUUUGAGGAGUUUUUGACCGAAUGUUUACGGCUUCGAGAGUGA